AUGAGUACAACAAAUACAGUGACGCGAAAAGCGGUUGAUAACCGUACAGAUAACAAUAAUUUCAAGGUGGUCACUGUUGUGGCUACACGUGGUAGAGGCGCUGAAAUAUCAGAAGAGAUUUCAUACACGGAUACAAAAGUCAUAGGUAACGGUUCAUUUGGUGUUGUUUAUCAAGCUAAAUUGGUUCAUUCAAAUGAACAUGUGGCGAUUAAAAAAGUUUUACAAGAUAAACGAUUUAAAAAUCGAGAAUUGCAAAUUAUGAGACGGCUCGACCAUCAAAAUAUUGUACAGCUGAAAUAUUUCUUUUUCUCAUCUGGUGAUAAGCUUAAAGAAGAGGUUUAUUUAAACCUUGUGUUGGAAUACAUACCGGAAACAGUUUAUCGUGUGGCACGGCAUUAUACAAAACAAAAACAAAUUAUUCCCUUACUAUAUGUCAAACUAUAUAUGUAUCAGUUAUUUCGUGCAUUGGCUUAUAUACACUCAUUUGGUAUUUGUCAUCGUGAUAUUAAACCUCAAAAUUUAUUGCUCGACCCGGAAACAUCUAUAUUAAAACUGUGUGAUUUUGGCAGUGCAAAACAAUUGAUUAAAGGUGAACCUAAUGUUUCUUAUAUAUGUUCACGUUAUUAUCGAGCACCGGAAUUGAUAUUUGGUGCAAUUGAUUAUACAUGUUAUAUUGACGUCUGGUCAUCUGGCUGUGUUUUUGCUGAACUUUUACUUGGUCAACCAAUAUUUCCUGGUGAAAGUGGCGUCGAUCAAUUGGUCGAAAUAAUUAAAGUACUUGGUACACCUAGUAGAGAACAAAUAAGACAAAUGAAUCCAAAUUAUCAAGAAUUUCGUUUUCCGCAAAUAAAAGCACAUCCUUGGCAUAAAGUAUUUCGAAAUCGUACACCCCCGAUGGCAAUUGAUGUUGUAUGUCGAUUAUUAGAUUAUACGCCAGCAACACGUUUGACACCUUUAGAUGCCUGUGCACAUUCAUUUUUCGAUGAAUUACGUGAUCCAGAAACAAGAUUACCAAAUGGACCGUUGCCGCCAUUGUUUAAUUUUAGUCAACAAGAAUUGAACAUUAAUCCUUCUCUUAAUAACCGUUUAAUUCCUGCUCAUAUGCAAUCAUUAACAUCAACUGUAUCUCAAGCAGGAACAGCAGCGAGCAACAACGACAAAUCAUCGUCACAACAACCAACGACUGCACGUUCAAAUAAUAGUCCACCUACAGUGGCUGGUGGUGGUGGUAUCAGUAAUCAAACGCAAGUCGUUACAUCGUCAUCCACAGCAGCAGUCUCUAUUCCAUCAUCAAAUGUUCAUGGAUCAUCAACGAACAUCGCAUCUGCGACUCUGGCUACUAAUGGAGGUAAUCCAACAUCAACGAAUGCUAUUUUAUCGUCAUCAACAACGGAUCAAACGGAAGCAAUGAAUAGUUCAGAAGAUGCACCGGUAGAAAAAGAAGAUCAUUGA